UAAAUGCUGGUUUAAUCAGUUAGAUCCCUGUUACGCACCUCUAGGAGACAAACUCAAUCUGCUGAUGGUGGACACUAGUAGAUAUAACUUAAAGAUACAAAAGAGAAUACCCUUCAGCACUGAAGAGUACUGUAGAGUACAGAAUGAUAUGAUAAAAGAAUGUGAUCUUUUUAAUAACAGACCUGAAGUGACAAUCAUUAAUGGGACUCUGAUAAUAAACCCUGUGAUCAGAGCAGAUUCAGGGACUUUAAGACUUCAUCACUCAGACGGCACAGAAACAUCUAAAUAUCUUCAAGUGAUUGUUGAAGCUCCUAUUGGCUCAGUGGAAGUGUCAAUCAUCUGCUCCUCCAGUGGGGUGAUGAGGGUGUCCUGCUCCUCUGAUGGAGAUCCGCUCCUCUUCAGCUGGACUCUGAAUGGAGAUCCACUGAUGGAUGGAAACAUCAUUGAACUGGAUGAGGGAACUGAUGGAAACAUCAGCUGCAGCGUGAAGAACCACAUCAGUCACCGACAGAAGACCGUUAGACUAGUCUGUCCUGCUGGUCUGGAGUUUAACUGCUGGUUUGAUCAGGCAGAUCCCUGUUACGCAGCUCUGGGACACAAACUCAAUCUGCUGAUGGAGGACACUAGUAGAUAUGACCUGAAGAUACAAAAGAGAAUAAACUACAGCACUGAAGAGUACUGUAGAGUACAGAAUCAAAUGAUAAAGGAGAAUGAAUGUGAUCUUUUUAAUAACAGACCUGAUGUGACAGUCAUUAAUGGGACUCUUAUUAUAAACCGUGUGAUCAGAGCAGAUUCAGGGUUUUACAGAUUAGAAGUCUUUGGCUCAGAUGGCAGAAAAACAACUAAAUAUCUUAAAGUGAUUGUUGAAGGUACAGUAACUCUCUCAUCAGACUCAUUACAAUCUCAUGUUCUCCAAAGAUCUCACUCUCAUGCAAAUCGAUCAGAUGAAUCUCUGUGAAGGUUUUUAUUCAUGUAACACACAGUAAACACACUACAUACUCCAGGAAUAUAUGAGUAGUGUGGAAGUAUGGCAUUCUGCUGUGUUUAUCAUGUGACUGUCAUGUGUCCCUCCCUCCAGCUCCUAUUGGCUCAGUGGAAGUGUCAGUCAUCUGCUCCUCCAGUGGGGUGAUGAGGGUGUUCUGCUCCUCUGAUGAGGAUUGGCUCCUCUUCAGCUGGACUCUGAAUGGAGAUCCACUGAUGGAUGGAAACAUCAUUGAACUGGAUAAGGGAACUGAUGGAAACAUCAGCUGCAGCGUGAAGAACCACGUCAGUCACCGACAGAAGACCAUUAAACUCAGGGACCUGCAGAGAGUUCCUCAGGGGCUCAAAUGUCUGGAGUUUAACUGCAGUUUUCAUCAGUCAGAUCCCUGUUACGCAGCUCUGGGACACAAACUCAAUCUAGUAGAUACUAGUAGAUAUGACCUGAAGAUACACAAGAGAAUAAACUACAACCCAGAUGAUCCAGUUUGUAGAGUAAAGAAUGGAAGGAUAAGGGAGAAUGAAUGUUAUCUUUUUAAUAAGAGACCUGAAGUGUCAGUCAUUAAUGGGAUUCUGAUAAUAAACGGUGUGAUCAGAGCAGAUUCAGGGACUUACACUUUAAGUCUCGAAGACUCAGACGGCACAGAAACAUCUGCAGAUCUUCAAGUGAUUGUUGAAGCUCCUAUUGGCUCAGUGGAAGUGUCAAUCAUCUGCUCCUCCAGUGGGGUGAUGAGGGCGUCCUGCUCCUCUGAUGGAGAUCUGCUCCUCUUCAGCUGGACUCUGAAUGGAGAUCCACUGAUGGAUGGAAACAUCAUUGAUCUGGAUGGGGGAACUGAUGGAAACAUCAGCUGCAGCGUGAAGAACCACGUCAGUCACCGACAGAAGACCAUUAGUGUAAAACACUGUCCUGAGUCUGUGGUGUUUGUUCUGGUCUGGUGUUUUCAGAUGAUGUUUCUGUUGGGUCUGUUAGGAGGUUUUCACAUCUACAUGAGACACACGUCAGGAAAGAAACAGGAAGAUCAACAAGUGAGAAUGAGCAGAUUUAGAGAAGGACAUGAACACACAACAGAAGAUUGAGGAGAGCAGCAGCAGAUCUCAUCACAUCUAUGAGAAAUCACUUCAGAACGGCCAAGACUUUCACAUCCAUCCAACAUUUACAAUACAAUACAAUACAAUACAACAAAAAAUCUUUAUUAUAUCAGUAGUUAAAGGUAAAAGACAAGUCAUUUUUAAAAUAUUCACGAGUCUUUUAUGUCAAGUCAAGUCUGAAGUCA